GCAGGUCAUCAUCGCUGUGCGCCGAGCGGGGCCGCGAGGAGGGCGCCAGCGGCGAUUCUGCGCGGGGCGGCGGUCGCGUGGCUGGGCCGCCAGCAUGAAGGAGACCCCGCUCUCCAACUGCGAGCGCCGCUUCCUGCUGCGCGCCAUCGAGGAGAAGAAGCGGCUGGACGGCCGGCAGACCUACGACUACCGGCGGGUGCGCGUGGCCUUCGGGGCAGACUAUGGGUGCUGCGUGGUGGAGCUCGGGAGGACGAGAGUUCUUGGACAGGUUUCCUGUGAACUUGUUCCUCCAAAACCGAACAGGGCAACAGAAGGCAUUCUUUAUUUUAACCUGGAACUCUCUCAGAUGGCUGCCCCAGCUUUUGAACCUGGCAGGCAGUCAGAUCUUCUGGUGAAGUUGAACCGACUCUUGGAAAGAUGUCUAAGAAAUUCAAAGUGUAUAGACACUGAAUCUCUCUGUGUUGUUGCUGGUGAAAAGGUAUGGCAGAUACGUGUGGACCUACAUUUAUUAAAUCAUGAUGGAAAUAUUAUUGAUGCUGCGAGCAUUGCUGCAAUUGUGGCCUUAAGUCAUUUCCGAAGACCUGAUGUCUCUGUGCAAGGGGAUGAAGUGACAUUGUACACCCAUGAAGAGCGGGACCCUGUGCCACUGAGCAUCCACCACAUGCCCAUUUGUGUCAGCUUUGCUUUCUUCCAGCAAGGAACCUAUUUAUUGGUGGAUCCCAAUGAACGAGAAGAACGUGUAAUGGAUGGCCUACUUGUGAUUGCCAUGAACAAACAUCGAGAGAUUUGCACCAUCCAGUCCAGUGGAGGGAUAAUGCUGCUAAAAGACCAAGUUUUGAGAUGUAGUAAAAUAGCUGGUGUGAAAGUAGCAGAAAUUACAGAACUUAUACAGAAAGCUUUGGAGAAUGACCAGAAAGUUAGGAAAGAAGGUGGAAAGUUUGGCUUUGCAGAGUCUAUAGCAAACCAAAAGAUCACAGCAUUUAAGAUGGAGAAGGCCCCUGUUGACACCUCCAAUGUAGAGGAAAAAGCAGAAGAAAUCAUUGCUGAAGCUGAGCCUCCUUCAGAGGUUGUUUCUAAACCUGUGCUUUGGACUCCUGGAACUGCCCAAAUUGGGGAGGGGAUAGAAAACUCUUGGGGUGAGCUUGAAGAAUCUGAAAAGGAAGACGAGGAUGAAGUUGGUAGCGAUGAAGCUAUCAUUCUUGACAAUAUCAAAAUGAACACUGGAGUGGAGGUCUUUACUAGUGGAAAUCAAGAUGCCCCUAUAGUACUCUCAGACAGUGAAGAAGAAGAAAUGAUCGUUUUGGAGCCAGACAAGAAUCCAAAAAAAAUAAGAACACAAAUCAUCAGUGCAAAAGAAGAAAAAGCACCAAGUAGGAAGACAGUGAAAAAAAGAAAAAAGAACUGCUAACUAAAGUUAUAGCUGUAUAUUUGUGUAUAACUAUUAAAAGGAUAUUUAUUAAAUAGAA